UCUGGACUGUUUACCUGAGUGCCGGCACAGAGCAGGUCCUGAACGGACCAGCCGGCCCAUGGAGCCUGGGGCCACAGGCCGCAGAGGACAAGGGCCAGACACCCGGGCCAUGGCUCUGGGUCAUUGAUCCAGCCCCAGCUGGCCAGGUGGGGGCGGGGAGACCUUGGCCUGGAAAAACAGAAGCUGUGAGGUCUGCGUGGAGGCCUGGCAUUCACUUGCCACUCCCAAAGGAUGCCCUUGGCGGAGGCCCCCCAGGCGGCUGGCGGGCAGGGCGAUGGCGGCGACGGCGAGGAGGCGGAGCCGGAGGGGAAGUUCAAGGCCUCGGAGGACUCCAAGAGGAAAGCCCGGGACUACCUCCGUCUGGUGCCGCUGUGGCUGGCCCUGGUGGCGCUGGCUUCAGGGGCGUUCCUGCUCUGGUAUUUCCUAGGGCACAGGGCCGAGGGCACCGUCAGCCAGGUGUACUCAGGCAGCCUCCGAGUGCUCAACCGCCACUUCUCCCAGGACCUCGCCCACCGGGAGUCCAGUGCCUUCCGCAGCGAGACCGCCAAAGCCCAGGAGAUGCUCAAGGCCCUCAUCGCCAGCACCAGCCUGGGCACUUACUACAACUCCAGCUCCGUCUACUCCUUCGGGGAGGGACCCCUCACCUGCUUCUUCUGGUUCAUCCUCCAAAUCCCUGAGCACCACCGGCUGCUGCUGAGGCCCGAAGUGGUGCGGGCAAUGCUGGCGGAGGAGCUGCUGUCCACAGCCAACGGCUCAGCCCCUGCUCCCUACAGGGCGGAGUACGAGCCGGACCCCGAGGGCCUGGUGAUCCUGGAAGCCAGCGUAAAAGACAUAGUUGCACUGAAUUCCAUGCUGGGCUGCUACCGCUACAGCUACGUGGGCCGGGGCCAGGCCCUCCGGCUCAAGGGGCCCGACUACUCGGUCUCCAGCUGCCUGUGGCAUCUGCAGGGCCCCGAGGGGCUCAUGCUCAAACUCCGGCUCGAGUGGACGCUAGCCGACUGCCGGGACCGGCUGGCCAUGUACGACGUGGCGGGGCCCCUGGAGAGGAGGCUCAUCACCUCGGUCUACGGCUGCAGCCGCCAGGAGCCCGUGGUGGAGGUGCUGGCGUCGGGCGCCGUCAUGGCGGUGGUCUGGAAGAAGGGCCUGCACAGCUACUACGACCCCUUCAUGCUCUCGGUGCAGCCCGUGGCCUUCCAGGCCUGUGAGGUGAACCUGACCCUGGAGGGCCGGCUGGAGACCCAGGGCGUCCUCAGCACACCGUACUUCCCCAGCUACUACUCACCCAGCACCCACUGCUCCUGGCACCUCAAGGUGCCCUCCCUAGACUACGGCUUGGCCCUCUGGUUUGAUGCCUAUGCACUGCGGAGGCAGAAAUACGACCUGCCGUGCACCCAGGGCCAGUGGAUGAUCCAGAACCGGAGGCUGUGUGGCCUGCGGACCCUGCAGCCCUAUGUCGAGAGGAUCCCCGUGGUGGCCAGCGCCGGCAUCACCAUCAACUUCACCUCCCAGAUCUCGCUCACCGGGCCCGGCGUGCAGGCGCACUACAGCUUGUACAACCAGUCGGACCCCUGCCCCGGAGAGUUCCUCUGCUCUGUGAACGGACUCUGUGUGCCCUCCUGCGACGGGGUCAGGGACUGCCCCAAUGGCCUGGACGAGAGAAACUGCGUCUGCAGAGCCGCAUUCCAGUGCCAAGAGGACAGCACGUGCAUCUCACUGUCCAGUGUCUGCGAUGGGCGGCCCGACUGUGUCAACGGAAGUGACGAACAGCAGUGCCAGGAAGGGGUGCCCUGCGGGACGUUCACCUUCCAGUGUGAGGACCGCAGCUGCGUGAAGAAGCCCAACCCGCGCUGCGAUGGGCAGCCCGACUGCAGGGACGGCUCUGAUGAGCAGCACUGCGACUGUGGCCUCCAGGGCCCCUCAGGCCGCAUCGUGGGCGGGGCCGUGUCCUCGGAGGGUGAGUGGCCGUGGCAGGCCAGCCUCCAGGUCCGGGGCCGACACAUCUGUGGGGGGGCCCUCAUCGCGGACCGCUGGGUGAUAACGGCUGCCCACUGCUUCCAGGAGGACAGCAUGGCCUCCCCGGCCCUGUGGACAGUGUUCCUGGGCAAGGUGUGGCAGAGCUAUCGCUGGCCGGGCGAGGUGUCCUUCAAGGUGAGCCGCCUGUUCCUGCACCCGUACCACGAGGAGGACAGCCACGACUACGACGUGGCCCUGCUGCAGCUGGACCACCCCGUGGUGCGCUCGGCCGCCGUGCGCCCCGUCUGCCUGCCCGCGCGCUCCCACUCCUUCGAGCCGGGCCUGCACUGCUGGAUCACGGGCUGGGGCGCCCUGCGCGAGGGCGGCCCCACCAGCAACGGCCUCCAGAAGGUGGACGUGCAGCUGGUCCCGCAGGACCUGUGCAGCGAGGCCUAUCACUACCAGGUGACGCCCCGCAUGCUGUGCGCCGGCUACCACAAGGGCAAGAAGGACGCCUGCCAGGGCGACUCGGGGGGCCCGCUGGUGUGCAGGGAGCCCAGCGGCCGCUGGUUCCUGGCGGGACUGGUCAGCUGGGGCCUGGGCUGCGGCCGGCCCAACUACUUCGGCGUCUACACCCGCAUCACGGGUGUGAUUGGCUGGAUCCAGCAGGUGCUGACCUGAGGAGCUGCCCCCUGUGGAGCCGGGCCCCACCUCCUGGACGCAGAGAGUCCAGGACCCCCACUGGGCGGGGGAGCAAGCCUUCUGGGGUGGCAGGGCCCUGUGGAAGCAGCAGGUGGCAUCCGGUCCCUGAGCCUGAGCCCUGACAUCACGACCCAGAAAGGGCACGAGGAAGGAGGAGGGCGGCCCUCAGCUGGCGGUCAAGACUCUCUGGGAGUGGCCGGGAUGGUCGCCAGGCCUGGCUGGCGGGGUCACAUCCAGCCCGUCGCCCCCCAGUUCUCUCCUCCUGCCCCAUCCUCCCCUGCUGACUUGGGGGGGGAAAUCGUUGAGCAGCAUGGAUGUGGCUGCUGCGUCCCAGUAGGAAUGUCUGAAGACCCUGUCCCACCCCCAAUGCGGGGGCUGCUUGGGCAGCACCCGUGCCAGAGAGCCGAUUCCAGCCUCUGAAGCCCCUGGCCGAACUUGAGAGGCUGGGGUGGGAGGUGCCCCCCAGGAGGGGUCCUCAGCGUCCCGGACACAGCCAAGUGGGCCAGGGGCCCCUGUGAGCCAAAGGGUUGGGGAGCCCCGGACCCAGGGUUCUUGCCACACCCCUGCCCGCCCCCGGGCCUCCGGUGCCCACUCACCUGGAGGUGAGCUCAGCUGCCCUGGAAUAAAACCGUCUGAUCUGAG